GCCAAGACGCAAUCAAUCAUGCAAACAUCUUAAUAGAAUGUCAAAUGGACAAAAUUGGAACCCCACCUACAUACUUUGAGCCUCUCUCCUCCAAUCACAUUUUCAUUUCUCCAACGCUUUUCCAUAGCAGCUUUCUCUCUCUACAGCAGUAGUAGAAGAACAACCCAUUCUCUCUCUCUAGAAGUACUUGAAAGGAUUGAGAUCUCGAAUCCACCCAUUGCAAAUACAGUAUCUUCAUGGGCCUUCAGUUUCUUACUCUAUGUUCAAUUCUCUCUCUCUCUCUCCGAUUUCUCCAUAUCCAUUUCUAAUCCAUGUCUGAUUUUACCUAUUACUCAUCUUCCUUUCCUCCUCAUCUACGGCGCAAUAACCCAUCUUGAUUGGUUACCCAGAAAACCCAAGAAAGUCGGAAGGAGAAGAGAACCCUUUCCCCAAAUUAAGUUGGGAAAUCAUGGCGUCAAUAUUUUUGUACCACGUGGUUGGGGACCUGACGGUGGGGAAGCCGGAGGUCGUGGAGUUUGAGGAGACGGAGACGGUGGAGGCGGCGAUUCGAGCAAUCGGAGAAUCGGCAGAAGGUGGGAUACCAGUUUGGCGGAAGAGAUCACACAAGAGUGUGUUUGAGAAUGCGGAGAUUAGACAAAAUAGGUUUGUGGGUAUCCUCAAUUCGCUUGACGUUGUUGAUUUCUUGGCUAGAGAUGGGCGUUUGGAGGAUCAGGAUAAGGCCAUGAAGACUCCGGUCUCGGAGGUUGUGGUGCCCUGCAAUUCUCUGCUCAAGGUGGUUGACCCUGCCACUAGAUUGAUAGAUGCGUUGGAGAUGAUGAAGCAGGGUGUGAGGCGUCUCCUUGUUCGUAAAAGUGUAGUAUGGAAAGGAAUGAGCAAGCGAUUCUCAUUUCUUUACAGUGGCAAGUGGCUCAAGAACCCUGAAAUUUAUGGCAGUAAUGGUAUCAUCUCCGCUACAAACACCAACUGUCCUUCCUCAUCUUCCAUCGUCAUUACUCAUGACCAGUUUUGUUGUCUGUCAAGAGAAGAUGUCAUCCGUUUCCUCAUUGAUUGCCUGGGUGCAUUGGCUCCUCUCCCCCUCUCAUCCAUCUCUUCCCUUGGUGCCAUCAACCCAAACUAUGAUUCCAUUGAAGCAUCCCUCCCAGCCUUUGAAGCUACUCAAAAGAUUCGCCAGGACCCUAGUGCAGUUGCCGUUGUGGAGACCACAUUGGAUGGUCAACAUUUGAUCAUUGGGGAGGUUUCAGCUUGCAAGCUAUGGAAAUGCAAUUACUUGGCUGCAGCAUGGGCCCUUGCCAAUCUCUCUGCAAGACAGUUUGUAAUGGGGGUCGAGGAUAAUGUGACCUCAGGGUCACUGCCUGAUCUCACUGCCAAUCUGAUAGUUGGAGAUAGUAACUUGGUCAAUGGAGGUGGCUCAAUGAAGCCUCGGAAAUUCAGUAGUAGGAGCGUUGGGUUCUUUAGCAACCCGGCAUGCCAAAGUUUUGGUGUUGGUAGGAGCAUGUACAGGGGCAGAAGUUCACUCUUGACGUGUAAGGUUACAAGUUCAUUGGCUGCGGUCAUGGCUCAGAUGCUCUCUCACCGGGCAACUCAUGUUUGGGUGACCGAGGCCGAGAAUGAGGAUGUCUUGGUCGGGGUGAUGGGUUAUGCUGGCAUUUUGGCUGCUGUUACCAGACAACCUGCUGCAACUAUUCCUGAAAACUCCGGUACUGUGGCAGUGGUUUGAAAUCAAGUUUCAAAAUCUUUUUCCCACCUUUUCAUUUUCUAUUUUUCUCUUCACUACAUAAGCCAGACAUACAAGGUAAUGUACUGCUUAGUGCUUGGGUGCUUUGAGGCUCAUUUACACUCAAAAGACUCUGGAUAGAGGAGAUUUAGGCUUGUGCAACUUGGAUGUGACUCAGUGAUAUUGUACAAUUUUGUUUGUGGAUGAUUGGUUUAUAUGGCUUUUGUUUGUGAAUGAUUGCGCAGCAUUAUAUAUAACUGAAAAUAUAUACAUGUUCUGUAUUUUCUUGGUGAA